UAUGGCUUCGGUCUCCGCUGCCGUGUCCUCUGGCCGCGGGGCCCGGAACCUGCUGCAGUUCCUGCGGCUGGUAGGGCAGCUCAAGAGGGUCCCACGGACUGGCUGGGUAUAUAGAAAUGUAGAGAAGCCAGAGAGUGUAUCGGAUCACAUGUACAGGAUGGCAGUUAUGGCUCUGGUGACCAAAGAUGACAAACUUAACAAAGACCGAUGUGUACGCCUAGCCCUCGUUCACGAUAUGGCAGAAUGCAUCGUUGGGGACAUAGCACCAGCAGAUAACAUCCCCAAGGAAGAAAAACAUAGGCGAGAAAAGGAAGCUAUGGAGCAGCUGACCCAGUUUCUACCAGAGGACCUCAGAAAGGAGCUCUAUGAACUGUGGGAAGAGUAUGAGACCCAAUCCAGUGCAGAAGCCAAAUAUGUGAAACAGCUGGACCAGUGUGAGAUGAUUCUACAGGCAUCAGAAUAUGAAGACCUUGAGAACAAACCUGGGAGACUGCAGGACUUCUAUGAUUCCACAGCAGGAAAAUUCAGUCACCCUGAAAUAGUCCAGCUUGUUUCUGAACUUGAAGCACAAAGGAACAGCAACAUAGCUGCAGCCCGCGAUGAGCCUCACGUCUGA